UUGUGCUGGGGCGCGGCCGGGCCGGCAACCCAGCCCGCCGCGCCUGCGACGGUCACCGCGUCUGUCACCAGCGGCACCGACGCCGCUUUGACCACCGCGUACACCAUCUCAAUCCAGCGCACCGAGUCCCAACAAACCAGCGGCGCGUCAAGUUCCACGCGGGCUGAGAGCACUUCCGGCCGCAGCCUGAUCGACGAGAGGCUCGCCAGCUCGGCUGUGACUGGCCGCUCCGCCGGUGCGGCGCAGUGCGCGAGCCCCGACACCGCACCGGUGCCGCCGGAGACACCGAUAGCGGUGCCGGACCCGGUGCUGCGCGCCGCGCUGGAACAGGCGCUGGACAAGCCCGCCGGUGAAGCGAUCAACGCCGCGGAGAUGGCAUCGCUCGCCGCGCUGAGCGUGCCCCGACCAUCCGACGCGCCCAGUGACGCCGUCGCCGACCUGACGGGCCUGGAGCACGCCGCCGCGCUGGAGGCUCUCGACGUCGCCGGACACGACAUCGCCGACCUCGCGCCCCUGCGGUGCCUCGCAAGCCUCAAGACGCUCAACGCCGGCCGCAACCAGAUCAGCGACAUCGCCGCGCUGAGCGGACUCACCAGCCUUGAGCGCCUCUAUCUCUACGACAACCAGAUCAGCGACAUCGCCGCGCUGAGCGGACUCACCAACCUCACCGCUUUGCUUGUGGACCACAAUCAGAUCACCGGCACAGCCGCGCUGUCUGGACUCACGGGCCUCACGACCCUGGGGCUUGGCGACAACCAGAUCAGCGACAUCGCCGCGCUGAGCGGACUCACCGCCCUCAGGACGCUGUACCUCUUCGACAACGACAUCACAGACCUCGGCGCCCUAUCGGGGCUCAACAGCCUCAUUGCGCUGUGGGUCGACGGCAACGACCUGGUCAGCCCCAACGGGUGGGCACCCGCGGGCGGUCUGGGCUAUCUCGACGCCCGCCACAACCUCAUCGCCGACAUCUCCCCCCUCGACGCCUUGGCCGCAUCCGGCGGCACCAUCCACAGCGAACCCCAACGGACAACGACGGUGCGUGUCAACGAUCCGAGCCUGCGGGCCGCGCUGCUGGCCGCGUUGGGCAAGACCACGGGCGGCACCCUCAGCCCAGCAGAGAUCGCCACCAUCGAGCGCCUCGAACGCGUCGGCCCCCGAGGCGAUCCCGCACUGAUAUCGGACCUCUCAGGCCUCGAGCACGCCACAAGCCUGACCGAGCUGCGGCUGCGCAACAACGCCAUCGCCGACAUCGAACCCAUCACAGGCCUCGACAGCCUUGAGCGCCUCGACCUUCAAGCCAACCGCUUCGCAGACCUCGCCCAGCUCGAAGGGCUCAGGUCGCUGCGGUGGCUCAAUUUGAUGCAGAACAACAUCGCCAGCAUCGACGCGCUCCCGGCGCUGCCCGGUUUGGAGAUGCUGUUUGUGGACUUCAACAACAUUGCAGACAUCACGCCCCUCGCGGGGCGCAGCGCACUCACCCGCUUGGGCCUCGUCGGAAACAACAUCACCGACAUCUCCACCCUCGCGGGGCUCACCAACUUGGACUGGGUGAUGAUCUCAGGCAACAACAUCACCGACAUCACAGCCCUCGCCAGCCUCGACAAGAUCUACUACCUGCGACUCACCAACAACAACAUCUCCGACCUAACCCCGCUGUCGGGGCUCACCCGGCUGACCAACCUGCACCUGUACCGCAACAACAUCACCGACCUCGAACCCCUUCGAGGCCUCACCAGAUUGCGGUUCCUAGACCUCAGAGACAACAACAUCACCCGCCUCGAACCCCUCGGCGGCCUCACCAGACUCGGGGACCUCUACAUCGGCGACAACCACAUCACCGACUUCACACCCCUCGACGGUAUCGAGGACCUCACCAUCCACGGGCGCGACGCCCAGACCCCCACAAACUGA